AUGUCCGCACCAACAAGUGGCACGCCCGAAUGGGGAAAGGUUCUCAUGGCCGGCGGUACCGACUGGGACAUGAUCGGCCGCAAGCCAAAGCCUGGCGAGCAGCGUGAGAUCUUGCAAUCGUUCCAUCUUAUCCGCGAGCUUGCCGAUUUGAAAAUCGUUAAAGCUGUUACUGGACCCAAUGCUGCCCACAGUGUGUUUAUCACAGAUGAUGGUGAUGCUUGGACCAUGGGAAGGAACGAGAGGGGUCAGCUUGGACUUGGAGACAACACUCCCCAUGUCGGUGGCCCUGUAAAAGUCCCUACUAUUUACACCAACGCAGGAAAGAAGAGCACCAACGUCAAAUUCGUCACCGGCGCUGUCGGGCGACACCACACUAUCCUAGUUUCGGAUAUCGGAGCUGUGUAUGCUGCAGGAGAUAACAAGAUGGGUCAGCUCGGAAACAGCAACCACAAGGACCACACAUCGUUCGUCCAUGUCACCAGUCUCGGAAAAGAGAAGGCUACCGGUGUUGCUUGCGGUGCAGAGUACACAAUGAUCAUCUCUGACAAGGGUCAGCUCUGGGCCUUUGGAUCUCCCGAGUUCGGUCAGCUUGGCAACAAGACGAAUGGUCAAUACUUGCAGCAGUCCAACCGCCUCGUCCACAUCCCACAAGCCAGCCCUGUGCUUGUGAGUGGACUUCAGGGUAAGACGAUUGUGGAGGUUGAUUGCGGUACAAACCACACUAUCGCUAGAGACAGCGAGGGUCGCGUUCAUUCUUGGGGAUUCGGAGGCUAUGGACGUCUCGGUCACGCAAAGCAGGAGGAUCUCUGGAGCCCCAUGCCCAUCGACCAGUUCACUGGCACGAACGCGCUCACUCGCGCCACCAAGAUUGCUGCCGGCAGCACCUUCAGCAUGGCUUUGGAUGGUCAGCACCAGUUGUGGUUGUGGGGCAAGUGGAAGACCACUGGUGAUGGUGGUGGAGGAACUCCCUGGAUGUACCCCCGCACAUUAUACGAUCUCAACGGAUGGGCGUUCAAGACGAUCAACGGAGGAGGAGUGACCCUGUUUGCUCUCCCCAUGACCGAGCCAAGCACUAUCGCCUGGGGCCAGGGAGCUCUUCACAGCGAACUUGGUUUCGGGGAAGGCGAGGCUCGUUCGGCGACCAAGCCUGACAAGGUCCGCCCUAUGGAGGGACUGACAAUGCUCGAUGUCUCGUGCGGCCUGGGCCAUACGCUCUUGCUCUGCAAGCCUGGCCAGGACAAGAUCCAGGACCUGCCCAAGUGGCCUGUUCUUGAUGUGGAGGAGCACUGUAUUGAGUGUCUCACUGCCGAGGACGAGGACGACAUGCUGCUGUGUGAUAAGUGUGAUUCUGGAACGCAUUUGCGAUGCACGGUUCCGCGACUCCAGGAGGUGCCUGAUGUUGAUUGGUUCUGUCAGAGCUGUACGCGGGCCAAGGAGAAGAACAGGACAAAGCAGUUGGAUGAUGGGUCAAAACCUGCUGCUGCUGGCGGCGCUGCCGCAGCUAGUGGUGCGACUGCUAAGGCUCCUACCAAACGCAAGGCUCCUGCCGCCAAAGGUGGGUCUAAGAAGAGCAAGGCAAACCCUGCUUCAGAGGAUGAGGACUCGGAAUAG